AUGGUCCCUCAACUUCCACCUGAGACUUAUCAAAAUGUAUUUAGGAAUCUUGCUUCAGACACAAGAUCUUUGGCUUCUGUUAUAUUAGUUAAUCGUACAUGGUGUAAAAUCGCUAUACCGAUUCUUUGGCAAAAUCCUUUUAUGCCUUUUCCUUCUUUCUUUCUUAACACCAAUAACGGCAAUAUUCCAUCAGAUACACCAAUCAUCGAAGCUUAUAUAACUUGUUUGCAAGAAGAAGCCAAAAAAAAAUUAAUUGAUGCUAGAUUGGAAUCAUUUUUUCCUAUAAAAAAAACACCAUCUUUUAAUUAUGCAUCAUACUUACAGACUUUGAAUUACCGACUCUUGCAAGAUGCAGUUAAUGAAGUAUUUCCGGACACAAUUUCAGAAGAAACAAGAAAAGCAAAUGUCACAUUAGUUCUUGAAGAAUUGUGCAAAUUAUUUAUCAGCCAAUGUGCGAGCCUAAAAUCUAUUCAAUACAUCGGUUAUCCGUCACUUAGUCCUUACAUAAUUGCGAUUCCUUCUCGAUCAAUCGAACCAAUUUUUAUUGAUUUAUGUGGGCUUCCGGGUGCUGAGGCUUGUCUGUCCAAAUUACAAAGUUUUGAGUAUGGAGGAAAUAUUCCCAUUGAUUUACUUCACGCAUUCUCCCGGGUCGUCAAGGAACUCGACAGUUUGACUAUUACGUCACUUGGAGAUGAUAAUGAAGGAUUAAUAGCAUUAAUAGAUGCUCAGACCAAACUACAACAUGUUAAAAUUCAUGCACAUGAGAAUAUACCAAAUAUUAUAUCAGCAAUUCAAUCCAAAACCGAAACGAUCAAGAAAGUUUCUAUCAUCGGUCGCACCUCCAUUCUUUUGGAUGACUUUUGUGGGUUUACCAACCUUGAAGAAUUGACAUUGGAAUUAUUGGAAUUUCCAUAUAAUCGUCUUUCAAGAAGCUCUUUAUGGGUUACUCAAGCAGAAAAGCAAGAAAUACUCCGGAGGCAAAGAGAAUUUCAACAGUCUUUUCACCAAGCACAAAUUCAAUAUCAAGUACAAGUUGCCCCAGUUGUCCAACCAAUGGCUCAACAACAACCUCAGCCUCAACAGGUAGCAAUCCAAAAUCAAAAUCAGGGGAAUAUAUCUCAAACACAAAACCAGCCUACACCUUCUACGUCUCAAACACAAGACUUAUCUAUACCUUCUGUCUCUCAAGAUAUUUCUCAAGAUAUUUCUCAAGAUAUUUCUCAAGAUACUUCUCAAGAUACUUCUUCUACUUCUCAAGUACGAAGCCGACCUGCAACAUCUACAUCUGUGGCUCAAUCAGAAGAUCAUUCUUUAGAUCAAAGACAAGACCAAAAUGCAGAUCAAGAUCAAAAUCAAUCUACUGCCCAAAUCCAAGCUCAACCUAUAGCUACGACUAACACACCAAACCAAAUUCCAGGCGGACGAGCAAACCAAGUUGCUACGUUCGCACAACAAUUUGUUUCACUUUUGGGUACAGAUCAUCGACCGUGGCGUAAUUUAUAUCCUUCUGCAACUUCAGAGAUAGAAUGUUAUGCUAAUUCCAGCCUUACUAAGCUCCAUAAGCUUAGCAUAAAUCUUACUGGUCAACGAAUACAGCAAUUAAUUUUGUUAAUUCAAAAUACCCAUGGAAGUCUACGUAAAAUUGAUAUUGAUCUCAGAGACCCAUUAGAUCCAGAUAAUUCAGGAACCUUGUUUUCAACAAUUGCCAUUUGUUGUCCAAAUCUUACUUCUAUUCAUAUCUUCGUUUCGAAUGACGCUAUUACACAAAUGCCAACAUUAUUUUCUAGCUGUCCGAAACUUCAAGAAAUUGAUUUAGUUGGAGACAGAAGUGACGAGGGGAAAUUGGACAUUGAUGAUGUUCUUUGUGAAAUUGGAAGUGUCGUUCCAGAAAAUUUGAAAUUUCUCAAUUUGGGAUCAAAGGCAUGGACCUAUACAAAAGAUUCGAUCAGCGAAUUUCUUAAUGAAUGUGAAACUAGGCUGAAACGUAAACCAUGUACUUUUAUCAUGGGUAGUCAUUUGUCGAGAAGAGUUGUAGAAAGGCUUAAUCUGUACGAAGAAAAGGGUGUGAUUCAAAUUAUGGUUACUAGAAGUGAACGAGAGAUAUAUUUAUAG